AUGGGACCAACUAAGAAGGCAUUUAAGAAAGUUCCAGCAACGACCAAAGGAUCAACUCGUUCAGAAAAGUCAAUUGAGGAUCUCUUUGGCAAAGGAGAGAUUGAUGAUUUCGUCGAUAAGAAGAAUAAGAUUGAUUUAUCAACUACAGAUAUAAAGCAACCAAAGAGCAACAUAAAGAAGAAGGUCGAGGUUUUGCCUGUUGACGUCUCUGAUGAAGAGGUUGAAGACUUUGACGAUGAUGAUGAGGAUGACUAUGUAGACGACGAUGAUGAGGUUGAUUUUGACGAUGAUGACCAAGAUGACGACAUGGACUUGUCUGCAAAGAAGUCAAGAAAGAAUAAGGACUUGGAGAAUAAGAUGUCAUGGGGCAAGGAGAAGUCGGACUAUUACACAGAGAAGUUUGAUGGCGAGGACGUCAGCUCAGAGGACGAGGAGGAGGAGGAGAAGGAAGCCAUCGAGCUGCAGAAACAGAGAGCAAAGCUGGUGCGAGAGGAGGACUAUGAGGAGGGUGAGUCAUUCAACGACAUCCUCGCUCAAAAGAAGGAGGCCACCGAGGGCAAGAAGAAGAAGAAGGCCGAGUCGGCCUCUGCCGCCAACCCAACUAUGGCCAAGAUCACCAGUGCACUGGACAACAGCGACGAUGUCGAGCUGCUCCAAAAGAACCUGUCCACAUUCUCCAAGAAGGAGAAGUUGCAGUAUCUGAUGAAGGAGUCGCCACUCCUAUUCGAGUUGCUCGAUGACUACAAAGAGAAGAUAUCAGAGAUCAAGUAUACCUUGAUGCCAUUGCUCGACAGGAUAAAGAAGGAGCAGCUGCCCACCACCAAAGGUGUCAGCUUCCUCGAGACCAAAUAUCACCUGUUACUAAGCUAUUGUUUGAACAUUACAUACUUCUUGAUGCUUAAGGCAUCGGGCGCAUCAAUCAAGGACCAUCCAGUUAUUGACCAGCUGGUCAAGAUACGUGUCAUCCUGGAGAAGGUCAAGCCGCUGGACAACAAGCUGCAGUACCAGAUCGAAAAGAUACUAAAGACCGCGACACUCGGUGUCGUGUCGGCCUCAAAGGACGACCCAAUGCGAUUCAAGCCCAACCUCAAGGAUAUGUCACACGACGACGACGAGAUGGACGAGGAGUCCAGACUGAUGCAGCAGGCCGGUCUGUACCAGGCGCCACAAUCGGCCGCCGAGCGAUAUGAGGAGGAGGAGUCGAUCGAGAUCAGAAAGAAGAACCGCGAGCUCAAGAAGAAGGAGCGUGCCAUCAAGAGUUCCAUGGCCAGAGAUAUCGAGGAGAUGUUUGGUGAUGCUCCCGAUCAGCUGGACGACUAUGUCGAUGACCCCAACCGCAUGGAGGACGACGAUGCCAAGGAGAUCAGAGAGUACGAAGAGAACAACUUUGUUCGUUUGACUCAAACCAAGAAGGACAAGAAGAUCCAGAAGAAGAAGAGAUUGUCCGAUGGUCUUAAUGACUUGGCUGACUUUAACGAUCUGAGUGGAUUGCUGGAGACUGAGGAAGAUAGAGCAAGUCGCGAUGACAAGGAGUACUUGAAGAAGAAGAGAAUGGAACAGAUUAUGAGCUCGCUGAAUCAGGUUGGAAAGACAAAGAGAGCAAGAAGUGGCGAUGAGGAUCUGCCUCUGCAGGAGAGGAAGAAGACUAGACUCUUGAGAAACAGAGACGAGGACAAUGAGGAGCUGCACUCUGACCACGAGGAGGAGGUCGAGUAUGACGGCGUGCCAAGAGGCCCCAACGACUACUCAUCGUACAGAGACAUGGUCGAUGGCAAGAGAAAGAUCUCAAAGCAGAUCGAGACCAACAGAGGUCUCACCAGAACGAGAAAGAGAGAGCAUCGCACACCACAUCUGCGUCAUCGUCACAAGUACGAGGCCGCCAUGGAGAAGAAGGACAGAGCCACGCCCAAGGCCGAGCGCCAGGAUGGCAAGUACAGAGGUACCAAGGCUAUCAACUCCAGCGCAGUCAGAGGCCAGACCUAUCUACAUUAA